CGCAGCCCAGAUAGAUUUGUCCCUCAACGGGAUAGUGACAAGUCGAGCAAGCAGGUGUACCAGACCACGAAGUCCCUCCAGGAUCUCUCGCCGGCUGAGAAAUUAUUGAGAAGGAAGGGAGCUUCUUCGAGUCAAUACUCGAGACCUCAGCGUCCUCCAGUACCAGCGUCGGACAAUGCCCGCAUGGCACUGGUUGGCCAUCCUCGCAGCCAAGUGAGGAGUCUGGUACCAUCAAAUAACUCGGCAGCCAGACAACCCAGCCAGGGAAACAUAUGGAUGGUGGGCGGCGUGGCCCCCGGAACACCCGAGGUGGACCGCAGCCAACGUCGCCCGCCUCGAGGCGUGACACCGGCUCGCCUCUUUACCAUGUCUGUGGGUACGAUGAAACCCAGCCGCCGCGAUGACUUGCAAUCCUACCACGGCCGUGUUGCCUCCGCCCUCAGCAUUGACCGUAUCCGCCGCGUACUAGAGUUUACAUGCAUCAAAUCUGAAACCCCUGAUUCUCCUAUACGGGCGAUGCCAUUGCUGGCAGACCUGGAGCAUGGCUCAUGGGCUCAGGGUGUUGAUGACGACGAUCUGCGUGGAAACCCCGGUAUGAAGCCAAUGACACGAUGCCCCAAGUACGAGAAGCAGCAGCGAUCUCUCCCUACAGCCCCCUUCAGAGUUCUCGAUGCUCCAGAUCUGCGUGAUGAUUUCUACUGCUCUGUUCUAGCAUACUCGCCCAGUUGUCAGAAGCUUGCAGUUGGCCUAGGAAAUGUCCUGUAUAUCUGGUCGGAAGGGUCAGGGCCUCGGGCCAUGCAUGGAUCUGCCGCGUCUCAUGUAUGGCUCACGUCGGUUGCUUUCUCGUCAGCCCAAGGAGGAAAAUGCAUCCUGGCCAUAGGACGUUCAGACGGAACCUUGGUGCUCAAGUCUACUUAUGACGCCCUUCCGCGCUUUCAGGUGCAACAGCCCUUUCCGGUGUCUUGCGUGAGUUGGCGCCCGGUUACGACGUUGAGGCCCUCCAGGAACCCAUUUAACCCUGGCAUCGCCGUGCAAACUGAGGACUUAAUUAUUGGCGACGAUACCGGUGUGGUGUACUACUAUGCAGUAGAGUGGCCCAUGGGCUGGGAGGUCACACGAGACACCUGGCCAGGAACCAUAUAUCUCAUCGCCAAAGUUUCACUACACACUCAGCAGGUAUGCGGCUUAUCUUGGUCGCCCAACGGGAAACUCUUCGCGACCGGGGGAAACGAUAACUUGUGCUGUCUCUUUGACGCAGACAGCGUGCUUGCCGAGAAGCAAGAGCCCGUGCAGCAUAAACCACACUGGCCGGGAUGGCAUCUGGCCACUGGAAGCACACAGGGCGGCUUGUCGGGCGAAACGCGAGGCUCGGAGGCUGCAACCAGCGUCCAACCUCCACGACCAUCAUCCAUGGCGAUUCGGAGAUUGGGUCCUGGGGCUGAGAAGCAUCGCUGGAUACACAAGGCCGCAGUCAAGGCCAUUGCCUUUUGCCCGUGGCGUGAAGGACUGGUUGCAACGGGGGGCGGUUCAAACGACAAGUGCAUCCACUUCUACCAUACAACUUCAGGCGCGGCUUUGGCCACAAUAGCGGUUUCAGCUCAGGUGACGGCUCUCAUCUGGUCAUCAACGAGACGUGAGAUUGCUGCUACCUUUGGAUACACAGAACCGGAGCAUCCUUACCGGAUCGCUAUAUUUAGCUGGCCCGAGUGCAAGCAAGUAGCGGCGAUCCCUUGGGAAGGAGAGCUUCGAGCGCUGUAUGCCAUCCCUUUCCCCCGAGGCCCGGCAAAGACAAAGACAACGGGCCACGAUCUCAAGAGCCGCGAGGGUUGCAUUGUUGUGGCGUCAAGUGACAGAAGCGUCAAGUUCCACGAGAUUUGGUGCAACGAAGGCAAGAUCCUGGGAGGGGGCAGGGGAUUGUUGGGGGGUAGUGGUAUUCUCGACAGCCUUGAGGGAAUCGACAACGAGGGGGAUGUGAUUCGCUGA